AUGACCCUUCCUCAGAAUGCUCAGACCACUGCCCUCCCCCCACCGGGCCUCAAUAGAAAGUACCCCCUAAAGCAACCCACUCUCUCAGCCAAGAUCAAGAUUUGGAUGCCAGUGCAAGAGACCUGGAAAGGAGAACCUUAUGACAAGCCUUUGCUCAAAUACACCACAGCCCUCCCUAUUGGCAGGCGCCACUGUAGACCUCGUCCAAUAAAACAACCCAUCCCCAACCCUUCCCCUAACCUGACUGAUAAAAGAGUGAAGUUCAAACAUCCUGAGGCCACCCUCCGUUUUAUCCCAGUGAGGCCAGACUUAGAGCAGCUUGCCAGGCAGAGAACCCUCCCUGGUGGUCAGUUGGUUAGACCUGUGACACCCAGACCACCAUCCCGCAAGCAGCCCCCCUCUGCAGACCAUAGCCCCCUAGACGGUAUCCGCUCACACAGAUCCCUUGCUAAAGCACAGGCUGCUGGAGGUGAGGACAGGGGAGGGGGUGGAGAUGGUGUCUCCCUAUCCCGCGCUGUCAGGGAUUUGCAGUUGCUUAGUUCCAGCUCCGACGACGAGGAUUCUGAGUCUCCUUCUGAGUCUCAGUUCCGAAGCACCACUCCAGCCUACCUCACCCGCCGCUACCAGAACAGUUUGAAAUGGUACCAGGUGGUGCGCAGCGAGAAGAAGACCAAACAUCACAAGGAGAGGCUUGACCAGCUUUGCUAUAAGGUAAACACUGUAUGCUAUUUUACUCAACUCAUGCCUGGCUAAAAGAUAUCUAAACAAAUCAAUAUAUUGGCUCUCAUAUUGGAUCUUACUAUAUUGUCAUCUCUCACUUUUCUUUCCUUAGGAGGCAUCAGAUGAGUCUAAUGCUGAAACAGGUAGCUAGGGAUUUUAGUCCACCAAGUUUGAGACAUACAAUCCAUUUAUGCUUUGUCAAUGGGAACUCAGUCUUUCCUCUUCUAUCUGGGAUCUUUUUUGCAAGCUUACUCUACUAAUGAUUGUAAUUACCUGUUCCCUGCCAUAUCAUUUGUUAGCAGGCCCCUCUGGUGUCCAGGCGAGACACACCGCCCCUCUGGGUGCUGGGGAGGGGAGGUCUGUCUGUAAACCCUACCAGGGAGGGAAGAGGAGAAGGAGCCCGCUGUCAGAGAAAGGUUUGUAUUUAUAUCUUUGUUUAUUUGUCAAGAGCCAUGUACAACAUGCCAUUGCACCAGAUUUAGCUAGAUAGCUCAUUUUCAUCUGUAGUCCCUGGGCAGAAAAUAAUCAACAUCAAUACAAUUCUACAAUAUAACAUCAUAUUAAAAUAUCUCUAUAAAUCUUUUUCCAAAUAUACAACAAUAGACAAUAUAAUGUCCCUUGGUCCUACAGUGUCUGACAUCAGUAUCUGAAUGUCUUGAUGUUCACAUGACUGGUUUGCCUAGCAAAGGUACAGUACUCUCUCACACUGGUUGGCAGGGGGUUCCAUAAUCCAGACGCUCUGACUGAAAAAGCUGUCUGACCAAAUUUGGUGGACCUAAACUGAGUUGAAUAGCCCCCUCUGGUUGAAGCUCUUGUCGUCCUGGUAUUGUCCUUGCAAUAUUUAACAAACUGCUGAAGAGGUGAUGGGGCAAGGUCAUGAGUGUUAAUAAACAGCAGAGAGGUGUUGGCAUAAGAAGCUGUCAAAGCUCAGUAGGUUGUGUUUCUUAAUGAUAUUGCAGUGGUGAUGUGUUUGUUUUUUGUGCAGCACUUGCAGAGUUUGUUUAUAGAGCUUUUGAAGUGGUUUCAUUGCUGUGAUACACAGUACAAAAUCAUUGAGUACAUGUACAGUAUAGCAGCAUCUGUUGACAUUUGGUUUCUGAUCAAUUUGAAAUGACCAGGCCGCUUUUGACUGUUCAAUAUACUUUAUAUGACUGGCCACCCAAAAAUGUAUUCGUUUUUUGUGACACCACCUUGAUCCUCUGUUCCUUUACGGUUACCUCAGGCUGAUGGGUCUCACUGUUCUUGAUGAAGGGUGCGUUCAUAAAUUCACUCUGGCUAUCUACUCUGAUUUCAGAUCACUCUCAUCUGAGUGUGCCAGAGCGCAGAAUAACUGAUUAAUUUACGAAAGCGCAACACCUGUUGAAUAUGACUGGUGUCAGUAAACGUCUGCAAAAAAACGUAAUUAAACUGUUUCCAGCAGCAAAGUGACAGUCACCAACACUCUAGAUAACAUGAAAACAGCCUAACCAGCAAUUCUAGAGCGAGUAAAAUGGUCAGAGUGAGGUGUUCUCUCAUUUGUGUCUGGAAGUAGCUAGCAAGCUAGCCACUUUAGCCAGUUAGCUUGGAUGCUUGACUGCAGUUGUGAGGUCAAAACGCUCGGCUCAACCCUACUCCUGGGCCAGAGCGUCCAGUGUGCGUGUGAAUUUAUGAAUGGACAAUCUGACAAUGCUCUGAAUUUAUGAACGCCCAGAGCGCACUCUGGCAUUCCAGAGUAAAUGUACGAACACCCCCGAAGAAAUACAUGCAGACAGUUUUGUUACGUUAAAUGUUAGACAUGAGUAGUCCAACCAGUCAGCAAUUUUUUCCAUUGCUGCUGUAAGUUUAUGAGCAGAUUUUUGCUUUGUCUUGGCAUGGACAUAGAAGACUGUGUCGUCUGCAUUAGUGAAGCGCGGGUUGACUCAUAACCCGCAGUCCCCGUGGCUAUAUCCGCGGACAGGUUUAGGGUAAUUAAAUAUUGGGUGGCUGAAAAGCGGGUGGGUGGCGGGCGGGUUGAAUAAAGAGAAACAAUACCUUAAAAAAAUCCAUAAAUGUUCAACUAUUGUGCAAUUUAUAUAGGCUACAUUGAGGUUUUUCUUUCAUUCUUUUAGGCUAUCUGGUAUUACUGCAUAAGCCUAAACUUUAGGGCUUAACUGUACACACGCCAAAUAGCCUACACAGCCAAUCGCCAAAUAACGCUUUUGGGAACGGGCAGAAAAAGUUCAUGUUAAUCCAUGGAGGCAAAAAUAACAUUGUCUAAAUUAAUUCAAUAAGACAAAAGCUGUGAAAGGAGAGUUGAAAAUAAAGAGAAGGUAGGGCAAGAAAAGUAAUGUUUGGAAAAUAUUUGGUGAAGUGGUAAAAGAGGAUGAUAGCAGUGCCGGCUAUGUUGGGAACAGUGGCGACCCGUCAUUUAGGGCAGGUGGGGCAGAGCCCCACUUUUCUUGCCAAAGGAAAAUAAAAAAAUAAAACAUGUUUUUUGGGAUGCCUGUUUUGCAUGUUAUUUUGGCAUUAAUACGUGUCACAUAUCAGUUUGCAAACAAUGUAAAACAUAAAAUGAAAAUUUAGUUAAUAAAGCCACAUACAAACUUAAGGCAGCUCCAAAAUGCAGGUGUUUCAGCCUAGCUUAGUGCUUUCUGUGGUGGUGGGGCAGCCAGUGGAAAAUACGGAGCAUAGGGGUUGGUAAUGUUCUCUGGUUGCGGCGUGAUUGGCUCAGUGUUCUGUCACUCAUGGGGACACUUCAUCACAGCCAAAUCUAAGGGUAGAACUCGAAAAUUCAAGCCCCUUGGCUGCUGCCAUAGAGUUACAUUAGAAGUGCCCAUCCAAGAAGGCUCAAGGUCAUUGGCCACAGAUAAAAUGACGUCAAAUCACGUUAUAUCUACAGCAGCUUUGAUUGGACUGAUCAUGUCAACAUCAUACUUUCAAAAUCUUAGCUAGCAAGGUAGCAGUCAUCAUCAUGAAUCAAGUCGACAAUCUACUGGCAAAUCCUUUUUAAUCCUUGUCAUAUGAAGAGAAAUAAUGAAGAGAAAUUAUAGAUAAAACUUAUCGGUGCUCAUCGGCCAUUGGACAUAAACAAAUUCAACAAUGAGAGGUUUGGAAGGAAUCUGUGGCUAACUGCAAGCAUUGCAAAGCAAUCACUAGCCUGCUAUUCAGUGGAGUGGGUGUGUGGUUCCAAGUCUGGGUUUAAGGGUCUCUUUUCCAAGCUUAAAAGGAUAAACAUUCUACAUUGGCCAUGGUGUCAAUCCAGCAUGACUUCUGCCGUGCUCAAAACAACUGGAAACUCAGAAAUGGCAAAUCUGAUUUCAGUGAGUUCAAGACAACUGGGAACUCUGAAAAAAACAAGCUCCGACUGGAAAAAUACGUUUUGAAUGGUCAUCCAACUCGGAAUUGCAAGUCGGGAAUUCGGACCUCUUUCUAGCGCUCACUGACAUCAUCAUGAUUCAACCUUGUUUUAUUUAUAGUUCCCAGUUGUCUUGAAAGCACCAUAAAUCCAGAGAAUGCCAGACUUUGAUGACAAAGUUUGAUGACAAAAUUGAUGACGGUCCAACAACCAAACCAUCUCAAUUGGGUUGAGGUUGGGUGAUUGUGGAGGGCAGGUCAUCUGAUGCAGCACUACAUCACUCUCCUUCUUGAUCAAACAGCCUGGAGGUGUGUUUUGGGUCAAUGUCCUGUUGAAAAACAAAUGAUAGUCCCACUAAGUGCAAACCAGAUGGGAUGGCGUAUCGCUGCAGAAUGCUGUGGUAGCCAUGCUGGUUAAGUGUGCCUUGAAUUCUAAAUAAAUCACAGACAGUGUCACCAGCAAAGCACCCCCACACCAUCACACCUCCUCCUCCAUGCUUCAUGGUGGGAACCACACAUGCAGAGAUCAUCUGUUCACCUACUCUGCUUCUCACAAAGACAUGGCGGUUGGAACCAAAAAUCUCAAAUUUGGAAUCAUCAGACCAAAGGACAGAUUUCCACAAGUCUAAUGUCCAUUGCUCAUGUUUCUUGGCCCAAGAAAGUCUCUUCAUCUUAUUGGUGUCCUUUAGUAGUGGUUUCUUUGCAGCAAUUCGACCAUGAAGUCCUGAUUCACGCAGUCUCCUCUGAACAGUUGAUGUUGAGAUGUGUCUGUUACUUGAACUCUGUGAAGCAUUUAUUUGAGCUGCAAUCUGAGGUGCGGUUAACUCUAAUGAACUUAUCCUCUGCAGCAGAGGUAACUCUGGGUCUUCCUUUCCUGUGGCAGUCCUAAUGAGAGCCAGUUUCAUCAUAGCGCUUGAUGGUCUUUGCGACUGCACUUGAAGAAACUUUCAAUGUUCUUGACAUUUUCCGUAUUGACUGACUUUCAUCGGUAGGACGUGUACUCAAAGCAUGCACAGACCAACUGGCAAGUGUCUUCACUGACAUUUUCAACCUCUCCCUGACUGAGUCUGUAAUACCUACAUGUUUCAAGCAGACCACCAUAGUCACUUUGCCCAAGGAAGCGAAGGUAACCUGCCUAAAUGAUUACCGCCCCGUAGCACUCAUGUCGGUAGCCAUGAAGUGCUUUGAAAGGCUGGUCAUGGCUCACAUCAACAGCAUCAUCCCUAAUACCCUAGACCCACUCCAAUUCGCAUACCGCCACAACAGAUCCACAGAUGACUCACUCGCAGUCCACACUGCCCUUUCCCACCUGGACAAAAGGAACACCUAUGUGAGAAUGCUGUUCAUUGACUACAGCUCAGCCUUCAACACCAUAGUGCCAACAAAGCUCAUCACUAAGCUAAGGACCCAGGGACUAAACACCUCCCUCUGCAACUGGAUCCUGGACUUCCUGACGGGCCGCCCCCAGAUAGUAAGGGUAGGCAACAACACGUCUGCCACGCUAAUCCUCAACACUGGGACCCCUCAGGGGUGCGUGCUUAGUCCCCUCCUGUACUCCCUGUUCACCUAUGACUGCGUGGCCAAACACGACUCCAACACCAUCAUUAAGUUUGCUGAUGACACAACAGUGGUAGGCCUGAUCACCGACAACGAUGAGACAGCCUAUAGGGAGAAGGUCAGAGACCUGGCAGUGUGGUGCCAGGACAAUAACCUCUCCCUCAAUGUGAGCAAGACAAAGGAGCUGAUCGUGGACUACAGGAAAAAGCGGGCCGACACAACAGGGCUGUAGUGGAGUGGGUUGAGAGUUUCAAGUUCCUUGGUGUCCACAUCACCAACGAACUAUCAUGGUCCAAACAGACCAAGACAGUCGUGAAGAAGGCACGACAACACCUUUUCCCCUCGGGAGACUGAAAAGAUUUGGCAUGGGUCCCCAAAUCCUCAAAAAGUUCUACAGCUGCACCAUUGAGAGCAUCCUGACCGGUUGCAUCACUGCCUGGUAUGGCAACUGCUCGGCAUCUGACUGUAAGGCGCUACAGAGUGUAGUGCGUACGGCCCAGUACAUCACUGGGGCCAAGCUUCCUUCCAUCCAGGACCUAUAUACUAGGCAGUAUCAGAGGAAAGACCAAAAAAUUGUCAAAGACUCCAGUCACCCAAGUCAUAGACUGUUCUCUCUGCUACCGCACAACAAGCGGUACCGGAGAGCCAAGUCUAGGACCAAAAGGCUCCUUAACAGCUUCAACCUCCAAGCCAUUAGUCUGCUGAACAAUUAAUCAAAUGGCCACCCGGACUAUUUAUGUUGACACCGCCCCCUCCUCCAUUUGUUUUUACACUGCUGCUACCCGCUGUCUAUUAUCUAUGCAUAGUCACUUUACCCCUACCUACAUGUAGAAAUUACCUCGAUUAACCCGUACCCCCGCACAUUGACUCGGUACCGGUACCCCCUGUAUAUAGCCUCGUUAUUGUUAUUUUAUUGUGUUUCUUUUUAUAAUUUUUUACUUUAGUUUAUUUUGUAAAUAAACUCAGCAAAAAAAUAAACGUCCUCUCACUGUCAACUGCAUUUAUUUUCAGCAAACUUAACAUGUGUAAAUAUUUGUAUGAACAUAACAAGAGUCAACAACUGAGACAUAAACUGAACAGCCCGUCUGGUGUUCAACCUUCCCAAGUUCUCUCACGUCACCCCCCUCCUCCGCACACUCCACUGGCUUCCAGUUGAAGCUCGCAUCUGUUACAAGACCAUGGUGCUUGCCUAUGGAGCUGUGAGGGGAACGGCACCUCCGUACCUUCAGGCUCUGAUCAGUCCCUACACCCAAGCGAGGGCAUUGCGUUCAUCCACCUCUGGCCUGCUGGCUCCCCUUCCUCUGCGGAAGCAUAGUUCCCGCUCAGCCCAGUCAAAACUGUUCGCUGCUCUGGCACCCCAAUGGUGGAACAAGCUCCCUCACGACGCCAGGACAGCGGAAUCACUCACCACCUUCCGGAGACAUUUGAAACCCCACCUCUUUAAGGAAUACCUGGGAUAGGAUAAAGUAAUCCUUCUACCCCUCCCUUACCCCAACCCACCCCCCCCCCCCCCCCCAAAAAAAAAAAAAAAUAUAUAUAUAUAUAUAUAUAUAAAAAAACACAUUGUAAAGUGGUAAUCCCACUGGCUAUAAGGUGAAUGCACCAAUUUGUAAGUCGCUCUGGAUAAGAGCGUCUGCUAAAUGACGUAAAUGUAAAUGUAAACAAGUUCCACAGACAUGUGACUAACAGAAAUGGAAUAAUGUGUCCCUGAACAAAGGGGGGGGGGGGUGCAUUAAGUACCCCCCCCCCCCCCCCCCCCCCAGCUGCAUUAAGUACUGCAGUGCAUCUCCUCCUCAUGGACUGCACCAGAUUUGCCAGUUCUUGCUGUGAGAUGUUACCCCACUCUUCCACCAAGACACCUGCAAGUUCCCUGACAUUUCUGGAGGGAAUGGCCCAAGUGGCACAGUGGUCUAAGGCUGUGCCACUAGAGAUCCUGGUUCGAAUCCAGGCUAGCCGUAGCCGGCCGCGACCGGGAGACCCAUGGGGCGGCGCACAAUUGGCCCAGUGUCGUCCAGGGUAUGGGGAGGGAAUGGCCGGCAGGGAUGUAGCUCAGUUGGUAGAGCAUGGCGUUUGCAACGCCAGGGUUGUGGGUUCAAUUGCCACGGGGGGCCAGUGUGAAAAAUAAAAAAAUAAUGUAUGCACUCACUAACUGUAAGUCGCUCUGGAUAAGAGCGUCUGCUAAAUGACUAAAAUGUAAAAAUGUAAAUCUGCAAAGAGGUAUGGGACAAAAUCCCUCCUAAGAUGUGUGCAAACCUGGUGGCCAACUACAAGAAACGUCUGACCUCUGUGAUUGCCAACAAGGGUUUUACCACCAAGUACUAAGUCAUGUUUUGCAGAGGGGUCAAAUACUUAUUUCCCUCAUUAAAAUGCAAAUCAAUUUAUAACAUUUUUAACAUGCGUUUUUCUGGAUUUUUUUGUUAUUCUGUCUCUCACUGUUCAAAUAAACUUACCAUUAAAAUUAUAAACUGAUCAUUUCUUUGUCAGUGGGCAAACGUACAAAAUCAGCAGGGGAUCAAAUACUUUUUUCCCUCACUGUAUGUGUUAUUUCAUAGUUUUUAUGUCUUCACUAUUAUUCUGCAAUGUAGAAAAUAGUAAACAUAAAGAAAAAGUAUUGAAUGAGUAGGUGUGUCCAAACUUUUGACUGGUACUGUAUAUGCCCCCUUUAUUUAUCCUACGGUUCUGACUUGGUGUACAGGGAGAAUACUGUAAGAACGGCCCAUGUUCUGAAAUCUGUCACUGGACAUUUCAAAGGUGCUGAACAAAUAGUUAUAUUGACUACGUCCGUCCUAGCUCGCUCAUUGAUGUCUUAUUCUAAAUUGCAGAUUGCCUCUUAUCUGCUCGUCGUCCCCUUAUGCCAUAGUUUGUACAUCUCAAUUGUCAGUAGAAACCACAUUUGUUUAAGCAAGUCAGCCAUAUCAGCUAUGUUUUUUUUAAAGGCAGUAAAUGAGGCUCAAUGAACUGUUUCGCUGCCAGACAAGGCUCCGCUGAUAGCCAUGUGUAGCAGUGGUAAGGUGUUGGGACUGCUGUUGGGACACUGCUGUUGGGACAGCUUUAUGUAGGCCCUAACAGUGUGUGGGCACCGUUUGUCACCGUUAUAGUGCAAUUAAUGUAUUGUUUAGUGUUGUGUUGUGUUGUGUAGUUUGUUUGCUGGCAUGCAUCAAAAACAUAUAUAUAUUUUUUGCCCCACCAAGAUUUACAUGCUUAAAUCGCCACUGGUUGGGGUACCAAGCUCGAGUUAUCAGUGUAGCCUGUUAUCGCCUUUACUUUUUGUAAAAUCUUAACGCCUAGAAAAAAAACCUCCUAGCUUCUGUCAUAACUGUCAAUUUAUAGAGAGAAAAAAGAAAGAAUUACAGGGGGCAGUUUGUAAAAAACGAAUCCCGUCCUAAUUGUCCUCUGGAGUAAUGGACGUUCUCUGGUAAUACUAGUCCCGUGCAAAUAGGGCUAUAUCCUUAAUAGUAGCCUAACUCCUGCAGAAUUAAGCAUUUCUUGCAGUAAAAUGAUACACCAAAUGUAGGCAAAAUGUGAUUUAUUUCUGCAUCUUGAGAGAAUGCAAUGCUCAGUUAGAUACCAUCUGUUGAGGUGCUGUCUUUAUCAAAAAGGCAUCAUAAAAACGGAUAGUAUUUCAACCACAUAAAAUAUGCAUCGAAGCCGAACUGAAAUCAGAAACACGUUGGAUCGUUUUCACAGUUAACUUUUUCCUUACAAACGAUAAACUGGACAUUUUGCACUGAAAAUCUUUUCACAGAGAAAGAUCUUUGACAGAGAGAACUUUACCAAUGUCAACUAGAUUGAAGCAUUCAUUGGAUCGAUCUAUUACAUUAUUCUGUUGAGCAAGGGUUUAUUUUGUGUUAUGAUGUCUUGUCAUAGUGUUGUGGGAACAACAUUUAUUAGAUAGGUGACUCUGGGUGCCGCAGAGUCUGGAUGCAAAGGAUUCCAGUAUGUCGAGGGAGCUUACUGAGGUUUAUCUUAGAAUGAUUGAUAGACAUAAUAUACUGACUUGGGGUACAAGGUAAUACCAUCAGUGUGGGGAGUGCCCACUGAUGGUUAGCAGAUGUUGUGGAAGCAAUAUGUAACAUGGACUAUAAGAAGAGAGAUACUUUCUUUGUUCAGGAGUUCGGAUGACAAGAGGCAAAGCAUGUGCCAUUUGUUAGACGAACCCGGUACCGUAUCUAUUAAAUAUUUUGUAUUAACUCUCCAUAUAAUUGUUUAAGUAUAUUCUUGCAUCCUGAAUUACUUGAUACCAGAGAAACUCAUCAUAACAUUUAGUCUUCUAGGGCAACAUAUAAUGACAAAAGAGAAGCUGCAUGUAUCUAAUUAUAGACAAGUUUACUAAAAAUUAGCCUACCAAAAUGUUGGAAAUUAUAAGCAGAAACAUAUCUAAAUCAGGCACAAAAAAAAUCCAGCAACCCCUGUCAAAAAAUUGUUCUGCAGUCUUUGACUGUAGCCUAUAGCGCAUGUUCUAUAUUUGCGGGUUAGGGUUGGGUGCGGCCCUCAGAUUUUCACUUUAUAACAUAUAGUUGGGCAGUUGCUGAUGGGUUAUUAGCAAUUGCGGGCGUGUGUGGGUGAACAAACAGCUGACCCCCGCACCACUAGUCUGCAUACAUCUGCAUUUUGAUCUCAGGAUAUCCAGAGGACAGGUCAUUUAUGCACCUAUAAACUGUAUAAAAGUGGGCCCCAAAUGUAUCCUUGAGGAACUGAUAGAGCAGUCAGAGGAUGUUGACAGUUUCCAUUGAUUUUGGUGCAUUGUUUUCUUUUGGUCAGGUUGCCUACCCCCCAACCAGGUGAGGAGAUGGGACCGCCGGUCAUGGCGCCGACAGCUAGACAGCAGUGCCUCGGACUCCCCAGCAUCUGAUGGCAGUGUCAUGCUCAGCCCACCCUACACCCACUCCCCCUUCCUCUCUCCAACAGCUACCAGCACUCCUCCCCUCCCUGCUCCUCUUUGUAACACAUCUCCCAAUAUCCCAAUAUUUUCCCCUUCCUUCUCUCUCAGUACGCCUUCCAGUUGCCCUAGCACGCCACUCUACCCUCACUCUUUCACCUCCAGUGCCCCUGGCACCCCGUUACGCAGUCAGGUGACAUCUUCCAGUGCCCCAUGCACCCCAGUACGCACCAAGUUAUUCACCUCCAGUGCCCCUUGCACCCCACAACAUGGAACCUUUCACAGGGCGUCAUCGUUCCACAUCAGGAGCAACAUCUCAGGAAGGAGGACUACAUGUUGUGGGCUGGAGAGCUGUCCACCAGCAGCUAAAGGGACAGUAACCAGUUCCAACCCUAAAGACUCAGUAACCAGCCCUAAAGAUAGAUGUCAAGCGGACAACACUCCAUACCCAGACAUGUUCAAUAUUAAAGGGGAUACAUCGAAGAAAGAUGAUUCUGAGAUGAGAAUGAGCAGUGAAAUUAAGAAGACUUCAACACCAAAGAAAACGACUGAGAAAUGUUCUCCUGCCAGAGCUAAGACUUCCGUAUCAUCACAUGCCAGUCCCACUCUGAAAGAAUCUAAGAUUCCACAAGCUGACCCACGACUACUGAAACCAAUGAAACCAUCAGCCUCACCUGAUGUGUCUUCAACUGAGCCAGACUGUGGGACCCCCAUCCCAGGCAGUAAGCUCACCUCCAUCUUUUCCUACCCUUAUGAUGUACCACAGAUCAAAAGCAGUCCACUUAAAAGCCCUAAGAAGUCUCCAUGUAAGUCAUCUCCUCAGUCAACUACAGCACAUCAGAAACACAAGUCUCCUCAAGAUAAGAAAAGUCCUAAGAAAAGUCCUAAAACCAAGACCUCUGAUUCACCUAAAUUAACACCUGCACCUUCUUUGUCAGAGAAGCAGACAGACAAAACUGAGUGUAAUUUCAAGAAACCAUCAAAACCUCAGAGUGUUGUUAGUAGUGAGGCAGACUCUGCAGUGUCACAACAUGUUCUAUCCACCAAAAAUACAAAAUCCCAGAGUGCUGGGAGCCAGCCAACCAACAAGACUUCUCCUCCCUGUGACCGUAGUCUUAAAACUAAAGGUUCUGCAGACACUGCUUGUGUGCCAAAGCCAAAGGAGGAUAGUGGGAGGAAAGAGAGACCUCCCCUUCCUAGCCUUAGAAGAUUGAAGCAAGCAUUUACAAGCCUUUGUCAACAGAGGCCUGUGGUGGCUAAACCCUCCAGCGAAUUGAAUGGGGCGCCGACUGACAUACCUAGGCUGUUCAAGACUCCUUUAUCCAAGACCCCCUCCCCUAAGACCCCCAAGAAGCCUCAGAGUAGAGGUCUUCACAGAUCCACCCGGGAUCCGAGGAUCCGAGAUCCAAUCCAGGAUCAGAGCCCAUCUAUGCAUCCCACCUCCAGCACCUCCAGCAGCUCCAGCAACAACCCAGAAGGGAGACCUGCAGCCUCAACCUCAAUCCUGGGCAGGAGUUUAGAGCUGAAAAUGAGUCAAGGUUUCCAGAAACCAGACACACCCAGGCCAAAGAGCUACUCCCCCAAGAGCAAACCCACAGGGCUUUCAACAAGCUAUAGAGGUACUGGUACUCCUUUCCUGGGAAGUGAGGGGAAUCUAACAUCUAUCUCCACUUCUAGGAUCCUGGCAACCCCCCAUGACUGUCCAUCUCAGACCAGGAGUAAAGCCUCAUAUUCUGCCAAACUACUACGGGAGGGAGAGAGGGACAGGGAGAGAGAGGGGGAUAGGGAGAGAUGGGAGAGAGAGAGGGAGAGAUGGGAGAGAGAGAGGGAGAGAUGGGCGAGGGAAAGGUGUCCACCCUCACCGACACACCCUCACCCAGCACAGGGCCCAGUUCCACAGCCAAGCAAGGAGGGUCAUCCUAAAGAAUGCUUUAGAGGCACCGGGAAAGGCAAGACUACUAAAGGACAGGAGGACUUGAGAACUAAAGUCAAAAUACCAUGGGCACCAACUCAAAAACCCUCUACCUCUCACAAGAGUUGGCCAAAUGUACCCUCACCCUGCCAGAACCCUCCACCUGUGAGAAAUGGCCACCAGUCACACUCCAAAAAGAUCACAGGCACGCACUCACCCUCAGCUCAGACUAAAUGUAAGUUAAUAUGGAUUCAGUACGUGAAAGAGUAUACAUUUGCUGCUAUGUAAUAGUAGUCCGAGAUUUUUAGCAUUCUACAAAAUCUGGUGUUUGAUGGGUGGGGACAUGGGUAGAAGUGAGUGUGUAUGUGUUCAUUUUGAAUAGCUACUUAUCUAUCUUUCUGUUCUAUGUUCUCUCCAUACUGCAGCUGAAGUACCAGGGGAGAAGAUAGACUCUCAGCCCAUCAGAUCCCCACCUACAACACAGAAGGUCCCUCAGGAUCCAGUGUCCCCUCCCCUGUCCCCCCGCUCCAGACCCGGCCCCAGCAGUCUGGAGCUCAUCCAUGCCAUUGUGAGUGCCAUGGGCUAUCUGCUUGGUGUGCCACCCACCUCCAUCCCUGGCCUUUGCCCUUCACCUGAAGAGCCUGGUACAUCCUCCAACACUGACCCAUCAGCUUUUCACUCAGACCCCAGCCAGCCCCCCUGGACUGAAGAACUACGACUCAUCCGGCAAAGACUCAGUGAGCCUGGCUUAGGGCUCAAUCCUCAGCCUCCGAACCCCAACCACACCCAACCAACCUCCAGACCAAAGGACACACACACAGGACAGGUGAAAGAAGGCAAUUAG